AUGAUGGAUCAGGUUUCUCUUAGCAAAAUCCCUGGGGCAAGGGAGCGAGCAAAAAGUGCUCCAGCUGUUUUAGCAAUUUGUGUGGACACUAAACAGAGUGAAGACACCCCGACAGCAAGAGUACUGAACAAGAUCACCUUAGAAGAAAUAGAUAACAAAUUGUCAGUGAGUCCAUACUCUGACACAUGGCAGUUUCCACGAAGAAUACAACCAUGUUCUAGGGUGACGAGAUUUGAUGCAUCACCAUUACUGCAGGAUGAAGAGAAAAAAGAGAAAAUAUGGCUAAGUGAUAUAUUUACCAUGGUCGGAUCACUGAGCAGAACUAUGGAGCGGGAGAAAAAUAAACAAAAGCUAUCCAUUGGAAGUACCAAUUUACUUGGAUUACCCACAAACAAAUAUAUUGAGAAUGCCUGGCUUCCAAAAAAUAAUCAUGGAAAAAUACACCAAGACUGGAGAGGGGUAAUAUUAUCAGAGACCAUGACUCCCUACACAAUGCUCAGCAAUGAGGAACAUCAAGAAAGAUUAAUGAGAAUAACAAGAAGAACAAGGUCCAAAGGGAUGUUGCUUCUUCUGAGUGGCAAAAUGGAAAAGCGCCAGCAAGGUUCUAAGAAGCGUGGAAGGAAGCCAUACAGAAAAAACCGUGCUGUGACUAUAAUUAAUGAGAAAGUCAAAAGGAUCGGACCACACUUGGAAAUCUUUGAAGCUUUUAAUCAAAAACGAAAGGUACCUAAAAAGGAUAAAUGCAUUGCAGCUGCGACUUAUAUUCAGAAACUUAUCCGAGGAUGGCUGGAUCGAACCAGAAUGAGAAGACUAAAGAUAAAGGCUAAGAACCAUGGACCAACUUUGGGAGCUGUUAUAAAGGAAUUCCGUAAAAUGAUGUUUCGCAUUAAGCGCCGGUGUGGAAUCUUGGACCCAACUACACCACUAAUUUUUGAGCAACUAGAAGACUGGAUGGACCAGAAAAAGCUUUAUGAAACCAUGUUUACAAAGAGAGAGUACUUGAAAGAGAUGGAUAGAAAUGAUUUACCUAAAUUUUUCAGGGAUUGUGGCCUUUUUCCAACCCCAAAUGAAAUAAACAAUACUAUGAGACUGGUAUUGACAGAUUCUGAUUCAAAAAUAAUAAACAUCAAUAAAACUCAAGCCGUUGAAAUGGCGUUCAUGUUGUAUCCUCCUCGUGGUCUCAAACUAAAAACUGCAGCUGUUCCUAGGUCAACUUGGCUGAGACCAAUCGUUGAUGGGGAAGAUGGUUACAAAUAUUUAACGGGUGGACAUCCUGUAUUAAAAGCAGCUGAUAUUCGAAUCGCUGGAGCUUUAGUAGCUGCAUCAAUCCGUGAGAGAAAGAAGAAGGAAUGUGAGGCUGAUAAAUCAGUGUUUUCAGGAGACAGUGACUAA